UAGCAAUUGAUUACUUUUUUUUUUGGACGCACCUGCGUGCUUCAGCCACAUUUUUGGCCUAAAACAAUUUUUGGCCAAAAACAAUGGAGGCCCUAGUGAAUUAUAGUAGUGAGGACGACCAGGAGGAUGCUGGCUUUCAGAUACGGGCACCACAACAACAACAACAACAACUGCAGCAUUUGCCGCAUGCUAAAUCCACGAAAACAACAACAACUGCUAGCUUCCUAAAGCAGAAGAACAACAAUAACAAUGGUAGUGGCAAUAGUCCGCGCGGCAAGGAAAGAGAGCGCGAGCGGGAGAGAGAGAAGACAAAGCCGAUGUCGCAGCAGCAGAGUCGUAGGAGCAGCAGCGGAGGCCGCAUUGAUGAGGAGCCGAAGCCCAGCAGUCGCCACCGCCAGGAGCGGGACAAGGACAGGGAACGGGACCGCGACCGCGAACGUGACAAGGACAAGGACAAGAAGCGCAGCGAUUCAGAACGCAGUCGGGACAAAGGACGCGACAAGGAUCACAGCAAGGGCGACCAUCGCCACCAUCGUACCAAAGACGGCAACAGCCACAGGGAGCGGGAGCGCGAUCGUGACCGGGAGAGGGAGCGAGAUCGCGACAAGGAUCGGGACCGCAGGCGUUCGGAGAAGAGCAGUCGCCACCACAGUGGCAAGGAACGCCAUCAUCAUCAUCACAACAACUCAUCGUCAGCCGCCGCUGCAGCGGUCAGUGCAGCAUCAGUCCGUCGCUCCCAUGAUGAACGCAGUCGUCGUCGCCGGGACUCUCGAUCCGAUUCCCGCACACCCCCGGGCACGCCGCCCGCUCGUCGCCACCAUCAGUCGCAACAGUCACGCAAAUAUCGCGAACGCGACUCCAGCAGCCGCUCCAGAUCUCCGAAGGAAGAACAUGCCACAACACUUCGCGUUGGAGCUGUGGCCGGAUCUCAUGUUCUGCUCGCUAAGUCAGGCGGCGGAGCAGGAUCAACGGCAACUAAUGCAACAGCAGCGGCGAGGGUUGCAGCGGCCGCUCUGGUAGCUGCCAAUGCAGCAGCCGCAGCUAUGGCAGCCGGUUCAUCUGGCGGCGGUGGCGGUGGUCUCCUGCCCACGCCCAACUAUGCGCCCAAGAUACCCUCGCUGAUGUCCUUGGAGCUGAGCACACCAGCGGCAGCAGCACCAGUCGCAGAACCCAUCCAGCUGCCCAGUUACUACAAUCCGAGCAUCAUCAAUGCCAAUCGCUAUGCGGAGCAGCAGCAGAAGCGCAAGCUGCUGUGGGGCUCCAAGAAGAGCGAGAACUCGGCGAACAAGUGGGGCAACGCGCACUUCUCCCAGGACUCCGACGGCAAGGUGGCCUCCAAGUUUAUGCGCCUGAUGGGUAUCAAGAACACAGGUACUUCCGACAAUGGCGAUGACAGGGCAGAGUCCACCAAUGGGAGUGCAGCAGGCGAGGGAAAUCGCGCAGUCAGAGGUGCUGCGCCAUCGGGAGCCGCUGGCGGAACGAAAGUGCCCACGGACGUGCAGCAGCGCCAGCGCAUGUUCUCCAACAUGGAGCAGCAGUACGAGAUGGCGCGAGCCGCCACACACACGAUGCGCGGCGUGGGGCUUGGUUUCGGAUCCCAGCCACGUACUUUCUAGAAGGGAUCGGAACGGAGUAGGAUCGGCUCCCUGCCAGGCUGUAAAUACCAUGCCACUUACUCAACUCAUUAGUCAGUCAAUAUGUUUCUCCUCAACAACUUUUUGUUUGUGUUGAGCAAAUGUUUUUUUGAUUUCAAAUAAACGUUGCAACCGAAUUUAUGAA